CAAGUAUCACACCCACCAAAUACCAAUAUCAACUGUGAAGUACCCGUCCUCAAGAACGAUCAUCAGUGAAUUAUGCCCACUUCUCAAAAGCCCAAUCCCGAAAAGGCUGCAAAGUACGCCAUCACAGCUUCCAAAGGCUUCAGUUACUACCUGCCGAAGUCCGCUCAGCGAAUUCUCCAGGAGCCACUCAAGCGGCUUCCCUUCACGGCACGCUGGAUAUACAAUGAACAUUAUCGCGAGCUCAUGUGUGCAAAGGCUUGCGCACCAGAGUCUGUAGUCGCCAUGACAAAGUUUGUUACGUCGAGCUUUACCAAGAUCGCGAGAAAUCAAAACGCCUUUGCUUGUGAGAUGAACGAGGAAAUUGACACCAACGAGCACGAGAGGUAUGAACCAGUCAAGUUCCCCGUUGUUGCUGAGCCAGAGCUGGAUAUGAAAGAAACAGCAACAGUUGCCAAUACUGGCAACAAGCGCAAAUUGUCUAUUAAAGCCGCAGAAGACGAGCAACACGUGUCGUCACCGUACAAGCAUCUGCACCCGCACUCGCGAACUAGCUCUUCGCUCUCGGACGUACCUUCCAGCGCGCAACUCAGUGACGAGGAUGGGCCGCUCGAUGACCCAGUGGUGCCGUCAAAAACCAGUCAAAGCCAGGUUCUACCACAAGAUAACAGAUAUACGUCGUCAGUGGAGGCCGAUGACGCUGAACAGAUCUCUAUACAGGGCCCCACCACUCCUCCAGUGAGAAGUUCUGAUGACGACUUAUCGAGUAUGAUAGACAUACGUGUUGCGCAGUCAGAGACACCAGCAAGCGACCAGAUCCAAGAAGAUUCUGCAUCUGCAGCCAUGCCGUUGGGAGACCUAGCUACCGGAAAGGCUGGAAACCUGAGCACAAUUGCGAAUGAUUUGUAA